UUGCUAACUCGUGGCUUCUGCUUUGCUCUUCCUUGCUUCUCCAUUUUUCAGUUUGAUGAAUUGGAGCGUUCCAUUUCUUCAAAUCCUUCAAAACCGUAGCACAAAUCCUCUCCAAAAUAUUUGUGGGUUUCUGUUGAAAAGAGUAUAGUAUCUCAGCUGGAGUAUUGGCUAUUUUGGAUUUCCAUGAUUGAUUAUGAUUAUUGAAAAAGGGGUCAAUUGAAAUCCUGAAAUAGAAGCAAAUUCUGGGAAACUAGUUCUGCUCAUCAUUAUUACUUUGGUUGAGAUUGUUUCUGUAUGCUCAUCUUUAUUACUUUGGUCGAGAUUGUUUCUGUAUUCCUUUGCUAAAUUAGCUCUUCUUUCUGCUAGGAAAUUCUUUGUUGUUGAGAAAAUGUUAUCCUUUCAGACAGGUUUUGUUUCCAAAUCGUUUUCGCCUAUUUGUGUUGUGAGAAACGAUCGUAGUUCCCGUAACAUGCUGCCUAUUUCUAAUGUUACUCUUUGUCAUUCAUAUGACAUGAGGCCCGUCUUUGUACGCCAAAGACGUUACUUGAAAACUUCCCCUUGCUUUGCUUAUUCGAGAAAAUCCAAUUCCGGUUCCAGCCCUGGCCCUGACCCUGAAGCUGGCUUGAAGUCUAAAUCUAAAGCUGAAACGGGAAACCAGAACCAAAAGUCUGUAUUUUCCCAUAACAAAGAUGAAAAUCACGAUAAAAGCUUCCCGAAAACCAUUCCUAAGAAGCCAAGGCGUGGUCGUAGGAAUGAAACGGUAGCUGUCGAAGAUUUUAUUCGUGACUCACUUGAACAAACAUUUGAAUCAAUCCGGCGGCAGAAUCCUGAAGUUUUUGAGAAUAAGGAAAAUGUGAUGAAGGAUAGACUCGAAAAUGAGUUCGAUCGUGACAGUAGCAGUGAUGAAGAUAAGGACGAGGAUGGUGAAGUUGGUAAAAGAGGAAAGAAGAUGGUGGUGGAAGAGGAGGAUCCAGAUUGGCCUUUAGAUGCAGAUGUUGGGUGGGGGAUUAGGGCAUCAGAGUACUUCGAGCAGCAUGCUAUUAAGAAUGUGGUGGGUGAAGAUGGUUCCGAGAUUGACUGGGAAGGAGAGAUUGAUGAUAGCUGGGUAAAGGAGAUUAACUGUCUCGAGUGGGAGAGCUUUGCUUUCCAUCCAAGUCCGCUAAUCGUUCUUGUAUUUGAGAGAUACAAAAGGGCAACUCACAAUUGGAAGACUUUGAAAGAGCUAGAGAAGGCAAUCCAGGUAUAUUGGAACUCCAAGGACCGAUUACCACCUCGGGCAGUCAAAUUGGAUAUCAAUAUUGAGAGAGACUUGGCAUAUGCCCUUAAAGUCAGGGAUUGUCCGCAGGUUUUAUUUUUACGUGGAAACAAGAUCGUGUACAGAGAGAAAGAGUUUCGCAAGGCUGAUGAACUGGUCCAAAUGAUUGCUUAUUUCUAUUAUAACGCGAAGAAGCCUGCAUGGAUUGAUGAGGCAUCCAUGUGUAGACCUUAUUAGGCAGGUAAUCCCCAAGCCUUAU